AUGAUCUCAAGACGUGGAAUACAAGUAGCAAAAAAGCUAAGCAUGGCUGUCCCGUGGGGAUCUGGAUUUCCCGCUGGGACUUUGGUGUUGAACCCGGUGUGGGGCCCAGUGCGGAGCCCAGUGCGGACGGCGUUGAGGCCGUACUCGGCUGCGGAACCAUUGACAAGACAGUCGCUUUCAGAGCUGAGCAAAGAGCCUGUGGCGUCUACUGAUUUGGUUGAUUUCCAGCAGACGAAGGUGGAAAAUCUUCAAUAUAGUGAUCACAACGGAAUGCCACUUUUUUUGGCCAUAACGGAACGGGCCGUUGAGAAGCUGAAUGAAAUUUCAAAGGAGGAUGGAGAUCCAAAUACGGCGUUGGAGCUGAAAGUUGAAAGUGGUGGGUGUCACGGAUUCCAGUACCUUUUGUCGCUUGGAAGUACAGAGAAUUUUGACCCCAAAAGCGACCAGUCUAUGUUUGUGAGGGGCACGGGGAAAGUGAUUGCGGACAAAACUAGUCUUGAAAUUCUCAGAGAUAGCAAAGUCGACUACGUUCACGAGCUGAUUGGCUCUCAGUUUAAAGUGGUGGACUCUCCAUAUACGAGCUCGAGCUGUGGCUGUGGGGCCAGUUUCGACUUUGACUUUGAGAAGCUGGCUUCAGAAAGUGAGGAAGGGAAGUGA